AUGAAUUUUGAAACUUCACGGUGUGCUACCCUACAGUACUGUCCCGACCCGUACAUCCAGCGGUUUGUAGAAACCCCAGCUCAUUUCUCUUGGAAAGAAAGUUAUUACCGAUCCACUAUGUCCCAGAGCACACAGACAAGCGAAUUCCUCAGUCCAGAAGUUUUCCAGCAUAUCUGGGAUUUUCUGGAACAGCCCAUAUGUUCAGUUCAACCUAUUGAUUUGAACUUUGUGGAUGAACCGUCAGAAAAUGGUGCAACAAACAAGAUUGAGAUUAGCAUGGACUGUAUCCGCAUGCAGGACUCAGACCUGAGUGAUCCCAUGUGGCCACAGUACACAAACCUGGGGCUCCUGAACAGCAUGGACCAGCAGAUUCAGAACGGCUCCUCAUCUACCAGUCCCUACAACACAGACCACGCGCAAAACAGCGUCACUGCGCCCUCGCCCUACGCGCAGCCCAGCUCCACCUUCGAUGCCCUCUCGCCGUCGCCCGCCAUCCCCUCCAACACCGACUACCCGGGCCCACACAGCUUCGAUGUGUCUUUCCAGCAGUCCAGUACCGCCAAGUCGGCCACCUGGACGUAUUCCACUGAAUUGAAAAAGCUGUACUGCCAAAUUGCGAAGACAUGCCCCAUCCAGAUCAAGGUGAUGACCCCGCCUCCUCAGGGUGCUGUCAUCCGUGCCAUGCCCGUCUACAAGAAGGCUGAACAUGUCACAGAGGUGGUGAAGCGCUGCCCCAACCAUGAGCUGAGCCGUGAAUUCAAUGAGGGACAGAUAGCUCCUCCUAGCCAUUUGAUUCGAGUAGAAGGGAACAGCCAUGCCCAGUAUGUAGAAGACCCCAUCACAGGAAGACAGAGUGUGUUGGUACCUUAUGAGCCACCCCAGGUUGGCACUGAAUUCACGACAGUCUUGUACAAUUUCAUGUGUAACAGCAGUUGUGUUGGAGGGAUGAACCGCCGUCCAAUUUUAAUCAUUGUUACACUGGAAACCAGAGAUGGGCAAGUCUUGGGCCGACGCUGUUUCGAGGCCCGGAUCUGUGCUUGCCCAGGGAGAGACAGAAAAGCGGAUGAAGACAGCAUCAGAAAGCAGCAAGUCUCGGACAGCACAAAGAAUGGUGAUGGUACGAAGCGCCCUUUUCGCCAGAACACACAUGGCAUCCAGAUGACAUCCAUCAAGAAACGAAGAUCCCCCGAUGAUGAACUGUUAUAUUUACCAGUGAGGGGUCGGGAGACCUAUGAAAUGCUGUUGAAAAUCAAGGAGUCCCUGGAGCUCAUGCAGUAUCUUCCUCAGCACACGAUUGAGACAUACAGACAACAGCAGCAACAGCAGCACCAGCACUUACUCCAGAAACAGACCUCGAUGCAGUCUCAGUCUUCAUACGGUAACAGCUCCCCACCCCUGAACAAAAUGAACAGCAUGAACAAGCUGCCUUCCGUGAGCCAGCUUAUCAAUCCACAGCAGCGCAACGCCCUCACUCCCACCACCAUUCCUGACGGCAUGGGAGCUAACAUUCCUAUGAUGGGCACCCACAUGCCAAUGGCUGGAGACAUGAAUGGACUCAGCCCAACCCAGGCCCUCCCUCCCCCUCUCUCCAUGCCAUCCACCUCCCACUGCACCCCCCCACCUCCGUACCCCACAGAUUGCAGCCUUGUCAGUUUCUUAGCAAGGUUGGGCUGCUCAUCAUGUCUGGACUAUUUCACGACCCAGGGGCUGACCACCAUCUAUCAGAUUGAGCAUUACUCCAUGGAUGAUUUGGCAAGUCUAAAAAUCCCUGAGCAAUUCCGUCAUGCCAUCUGGAAGGGCAUCCUGGACCACCGGCAGCUGCAUGACUUUUCCUCCCCUCCCCACCUCCUGCGGACCCCAAGUGGCGCCUCCACAGUUAGUGUGGGUUCCAGCGAGACCCGGGGUGAACGUGUUAUUGACGCUGUGCGCUUCACCCUCCGCCAGACCAUCUCCUUCCCACCCCGAGAUGAGUGGAAUGACUUCAACUUUGACAUGGAUGCUCGUCGCAACAAGCAACAGCGCAUCAAAGAGGAGGGGGAGUGAGCAUUCCUCCUGGAGCUUUUCCACCUUCUUCCCAUUCGCCCACUCCCCUGCCAGCACUGCUGCUUGACCUUGCAAGCAUUUCCCCUAGCUCCUCUCCUUCCUCUUCUCAGUCUGGUUUCUUAAGAAAAGGAGAGGUAAGAGGCUACCUCUUACCUAAUGUCCAGCUCUGAUUCUGAUUCUGGCUUUAAGCCUUCAAAUCUAUUGCUUGCAGGACUGGAGUUGUCAUGACUAGGUAGAAGUGAGCAGAAAAGCAGUGUGCAUCCCCUUAAGCUGCAGAGAUCUGUCAUUGACUUUUAUAAAGCAUUUUCACCCUUAUAGUCUAAGACUAUAUAUAUAAAUAUAUAAAUAUACAGUAUAUAUUUUUGGGUGGGGGCAUUGAGUACUGUUUAAAAUGUAAUUUAAAGGAAAGGAAUUGACUUGCACUUAUCAAAUUAUUUUUUUAAUUGCUUUGAAUGGCUCAUCUAUAUUCUUUCUCUCAAGGGGUAUCAAGUGGGGUAAUAGGAAUUUAGAGUUUGAUGGUAUAUGUGAGUGGCAAUAGUGUUUAGGUCCCUUCAGUUCUUUGAAUGCUAAACACAUGCUAUGUCAAACCUUUUGAUAACCCAGUUGUAUUUACCAUUGCUUAUUAUAUAGGUGAGACUGUAUAUAUUUACACACUUCUCAAUGUUGGUGGAUUUUAUGUUAUCAGAUACCCCUACUAGUGAUGAUGGUUCAUUUUGGGAUUAUUAAAUCCAAUUACAAGAAAAAGUCCAUGUUCAUAGCAUCAUAGACUAGAAGAAAGGAAAUGCCCUCUCUUGCUUUUGGCUGGGGUGGAGAAUAUGGACUGAGACUAAAAUUCUUAAAAGGUCCUGGGGGUCAUCAGUUAAAAAACAUCUGGUAUCAUGUAUUUGAGUAUAUCAGCAAGCCCAUCAAAUUGAUGGGCAUCUCUUAGUAUACCUAUCUCUUAGUAUUCACUAGGAAAGUAUCCAUUGUCAUUAUAGAAGCCUUAAAACUAAAUUCCACUAAUGAACCUUCUAACUCAAUAAACUAAUUGCUGUUCUUCUUAGAAUUAAGUUUGAUUUGAUCAGGAUGAAUACCAUCUAUCCUAUCCUUACAAUGAAGUGUUAAUGUCUAUAAAGAAUAUCCAGGAAAAACAGAACACAUACAGAAAUAUUGAGUCUCCACUAAAUAAGACAGCUCAGUGAGCCUGAAUUGAAAUUCUUAGAAAAUCUUUUGAAAU